AAAAACUAUAGAAGUGAUUCGAGUCUCUUUCCAGUGAAAAACAUAGUCGAAUAUCAGAAAUCACGGUUCACCCACAUGAAGCGCAAUGUCGGAAAGCUGGUAGAAGAUGGAUUAUACAAGAAAGCUCUCUUCUUAUAUUCCAAGAGCUCUUCUUCUAGUUCUCGACGGCCUCACAGAUUCACGUUCCCUCCUCUCCUCAAAGCUUGCGCCAAGCUCCAGGCCGCUUCGCAUGGCCAAAUGCUGCACACCCAUCUCCUCAAAACCGGGUUUUCGUCCGAUUCCUAUGCCGCUACAGCUCUCACUGGAAUGUACAUGAAUAUCCGUCUCUUCCGCGACGCCCUCAAGGUGUUCGACGAAAUGCCUCACCGAAGCUUGGCGUCCAUGAACGCGGUGCUUUCUGGGCUGGCGCAAAAUGGGCAUUUUUGGGAGGCGUUGGAUGUGUUUAGGAGUGGGAGAUAUGGAGAUUUCAGACCCAAUUCUGUUACGUUAGCUAGCUUGUUGUCAACGUGUGGAAGUGUUGGUUUUGCUGAGAUAUUGUAUUGCUGGGCGACAAAGUUGGGCGUUGAGAAGGAUGUUUACGUCGCGACGGCGAUUUUGAGCGUUUAUUCGAAGUUUAAAGACAUGGUUUUGGCUGCUAAGGUGUUUAAUGGGAUGGAUAACAAGAAUUUAGUGAGCUAUAAUGCCUAUGUUUCGGGGCUGCUCCAGAAUGGAUUUUCGCUUGAGGUCCUGGCUGUGUUUAAGCAAAUGAUGGAAGUUUUGGACGAGAGACCUAGUCAUGUUACGUUGGUUUCUGCUAUUUCUGCAUGUGCUAGGCUUUUGUAUGUUCUACUUGGCAGUCAGGUUCAUAAGUUGGCAAUGAAAUUUGGUCUGGCGCGUGAUGUUAUGGUCGGGACAGCACUUGUUGACAUGUACUCCAAAUGUGGUUGUUGGUGGCGAGCCAGCAAUGUUUUCGAGGAACUGAGCGGAGACCGGAACUUGGUAACGUGGAACGCCAUUAUAUCAGGAAUGAUGCUGAAUGCUCAAAGCUUAAGGGCUGUACUGUUGUUCAGACGAUUGAUAACUGAUGAAGGGCUACAACCUGAUUUAGCGAUUUGGAAUUCGAUGAUUGGCGGGUUUUCACAACUAGGAAAGGGGACUGAAGCGUUUAAGUACUUUAAGCUAAUGCAAUGUUAUGGCAUUUCACCAAAUUCAAAGUCGAUGACCAGCAUGUUAUCGGCUUGUUCGGGUUUGUCCGCUCUGCGAAGCGGAAAAGAGAUCCAUGGAUAUGCAACAAGAAUGCAUGCUAAGAUUGAUACGGUCAUGGCCACUGCACUUAUUGACUUGUACAUGAAAUGUGGGCAUUCUUCUUGGGCACGGAGAGUUUUUUAUUGGUUUAAUGUGAAACCUGAGGACCCGGCAUUUUGGAACGUAAUGAUAUCUGGGUACGGAAGAAAUGGAGAUGAUGAAUCUGCAGUUGAAAUAUUUGACCAAAUGGUGGGGGCAAAAGUUCCACCAAAUGCUGCAACUUUCGUGAGUGUGCUAUCUGCUUGCAGUCACAGUGGCCAGGUAGACAAAGGACUGGGAAUAUUCGGGAUGAUGAUUACGGAGUUUGGGCUAAAACCAAAUCCAGUUCAUUUUAGUUGCAUGGUUGACCUUUUGGCUCGGUCUGGUAGGUUAGAAGACGCCAGAGAAUUAGUGCAGGGAUUGUUGGAGCCUAGCGCAUCUGUUUUUGCUUCUUUGCUCGGUGCUUGUAGGGCUAAGUUAGAUUCCGAGCUGGCCGAAGAAAUGGCCAAAAAGCUUUUAGAAUUAGAGCCAGAGAGCCCAAUUCCAUACGUAGUUCUGUCUAACAUAUAUGCUGAGCUAGGAAGGUGGAAAGAUGUGGAAAGAGUUCGAGGAAUGAUGAAUCAUAAAGGACACAGAAAGGCCCCCGGAUAUAGUUUUAUAGAAGUGAGUUGA